CUCUCCCCACCCCUCAGGGCAUUUUCGGAAACCGCUUCUCUCCAACUAGGGUUUCUCUCCCCGCCCCUAUAUACCCGCUCUCCCCUCCGCGCGCCGCCGCCACGGCAUCCCCCGACGCUGCGCCCACCGAGACCGCCACUUCUCAGGGAAAGAUGCCGAAGCAGAUCCAUGAGAUCAAGGACUUCCUCCUUACUGCUAGGAGGAAGGAUGCACGCUCUGUGAAAAUCAAGAGGAGCAAAGAUGUCGUCAAGUUCAAGGUGCGCUGCUCCAAGUACUUGUACACCCUCUGUAUCUUUGACGCUGAGAAGGCAAACAAGUUGAAGCAAUCACUCCCUCCAGGUUUGAGUGUCCAAGAAGUCUAAAGAUUCAAGCAAGAGAGGUAUCUUCAUGAAGCAGGAAGCUUUUCUUGUCAUCUGCAGAAACUUUUGGCCUGUGAACAAUGUAGUCUUAUGUAAUGGAUUUAUAUAUAGCCAGUUUUGUUUGCGGAAAGACAAAUCACCACUCAGUUAGAUGACAUACUUCUGCUGGUUUAUUGUCCGUGACAUUUUUAUCGCUUAAAGUCAGUAUUAUCCUUUUGCA